AAACAAUUGACAGUUGACAGUUCUGCGUAAAUAUUUCGGCAUUUGUUUUGUGCUAAUAAAAAAAAUUAUGUCAAGAUUUGUACGCAAUAUAUCAAUUGAUAAUUGAGAUUUAUUAUAAAUUUAGAGCAAUUUAUAUUUGUUGCGGUUAUUACCGGUGGCGUAAACAGAUAUCAUGGAGCAAGUCCUGCAGCAGGUUGCGCAGACUGUGGAGAGGCAGCUCGACCAAGAGCUGGAAAGGCUUGAGACCUUAGACAGCACCGACUUGGAAGCGAUCAGACAACAGCGUAUUGCAGAGAUGAAGAAACGCGCCAAACAGAAACAUGAAUGGCUGGCCAAUGGUCACGGCGAAUACACAGAGAUUGACGGUGAAAAAGAGUUCUUCACCGUUUGCAAUAAGAGCGAGAAUGUCGUGUGCCACUUCUACAAGAACGAUUCGCCGCGCUGUCGCAUUGUGGACAUGCAUUUGAAGACCUUGGCUGCUAAGCAUGUAGAGUGCCGGUUCGUUAAACUAGAUGUGGAGAGGGCGCCGUUCCUCACUGGUCGUCUGAAAAUCCGUGUGAUACCCACAAUCGGUUUGGUGAAAGAGAAUAAGACCAAAGACUUCAUUGUUGGCUUCACUGAUCUCGGCAACAGAGAUGACUACAGCACAGAGAUGAUGGAAUGGAGGAUCGCGAGGUCGGGAGUGAUUGAAUACUCGGGCGAUCUCUUGGUCCCUCCCGAGGACCGCAAGAAGACGAUCAACGUUCAAAGCAAGAAGACCAUCAGAGGAACCACGUACGAUUCGGAUUCAGACUUGGAGCUUAGCGAUUAAUGAGUUGCUUACAGUGUUAUAAAUAUAAAAACUAUGUUAAAAUAUGGA